GAAAUUUAUUUUAGACAAUGCAUCUCCUGCCCUGCGUGAAAAAGUACGACGAAAAAGAAAAUCAAUCAAAACAAAUCGACAGAGAGAUUAAACAGUGGAUCAAAUCGUAUAAUGAGGCUAUCAAACUGCUAUUACUUGGCACCGGGGAGAGUGGUAAGACCACGAUUAUAAAACAAAUGAAGAUUCUACACAUACAAGGGUUUAGUAGUAGGGAGCGUUUAGAAAAAAUAGACCACAUCAGGCAUAAUAUUCACGAGUCAAUUUAUGAGAUAGUUCAUAACAUGUCAGCUUUAAGCAUUGGGUUAGCGGACCCUAAGAAUGUGAGUUCGCAACAGUAUAUCCUCAAGUUGGGGUUUCCUGGCCCUGAAGUAUACACAGAGGAAUAUUUCGAUCACGUGCGAGCUUUGUGGAGGGACAGAGGAGUUCGCGACUGUUUCAAACGUUCCAAUGAGUAUCAGCUGAUUGACAGCGCUGAAUAUUUUCUAGAUAGGAUAGAUUUAAUAGCGAAGUCUGACUACUUGCCAUCCGAUGCCGACAUUCUACGGUGUAGACAGAAAACUACGUGCAUACAGAAAAUUGAGUUUAAAGUUAAGGUACCAAAGUCCAUGCACGGGGGCGUGCAGGACUUUUGGAUGUUCGAUGUGGGGGGGCAGAGGGGGGAGAGGAAGAAAUGGAUACAGGUAUUUGAGGGUAUCCACGCAAUUUGGUUCCUAGUGGCCUGUAGCGAUUUCGAUCAGACUCUCCGCGAGGAUAACUCGCAGAACAGGCUCAAGGAAUCGCUUAUACUAUUCGAAGAUGUGUGGCAGAGUAGGUUUUUAAUAGAAGCAGGUCUUAUAGUGUUCCUAAACAAACAGGACCUACUCGAGACGAAGGUAGCGCUGGGCCACAGCAUAGCGCCAUACUUCCCAGAAUAUGAAAACUUUCCUUCGCCUGGCGACGAAUAUACGAAGACUAAGAUGUUUAUUAAAAGUCUGUUUGUUGAGCUAACGAAGAAGCGCGACCGGCGCAAGCUGCCCGCCUCAGAGCGCUUCGUGCUGCACGAGGCGACGCGCGCGCGCGAGUGCUACUUCCACUUCACCACGGCGACCGACACGGACAACGUGCGGACGGUCUUCAGGGACGUGCACCAGAUGAUACUCACACAUAUACUUAGUAACAUUGGCGUUUAUUAAACUACUAUUCUUAUAAAUCAUAAAUUUCUACUACA